GAGGGAGUACAGCUACAAUGCUCUGCACCUCAUUUCCAAGAAAAAGAGCGAAAAUAUCAAUGGGUUUAUUAUGUAAGCUCCAUGCGGUGAUUAUAGGUCACUCAUCACCGCUACCAUUCAAUAUAUUUCUGAAAACUGUUCCAUUGCUCACGUAGGCGUAUAAAAUGAGUGCGGCUGGUUGAUAUGGUCAUCCACUCCAGUUCUCUCCCCCUUACACACUCGUUACAAAUGCCCUCCAAGGCAAGAUCAUUGCUCGAGCUCACCAGGCUCCACUUGGGGUGUGACUUCAUGUUCUGGCCCUUCGCGUGGGGCUUGCUGGCGGCAUCAUAUCAUGUAGCAUUACCCAUGAGUGAAGUUGUCACGAACACUUUGUUCUAUGCGUUGUUAGGCACGCUGGUACAUAGUGCAGGCUGCAUCAUAGAUGACAUGCUUGACCGCGAGUUCGAUCGCAAAGUUGAACGUUCAAAAAACCGACCGAUCGCGUCGGGAGCUGUCACUAUUCCAGAGGCCUCGGUUCUUCUGAUCGUGCUCGUUGCUGCCAUCUUUUACAUGUUCUCAACUGCUGGCCCUACAGCUCUGUUACUUGGUCUUGUUGCACUCCCAGCUGGUGGUGGAACGUAUCCGCUAAUGAAGCGCUGGAUGUAUUGGCCGUCUUUGUACCUUGGUUUUGCUGUUAGCUGGGCCAUCCCAUUCACGUGGGUGGCAAUUACGGGUGAGUUUGAUUGGGGCAUGAUACUGAAUGUCGGAGUCGCGUCAUGCUGCUGGACGUGUAUUUACGACACUAUCUACGCGUGUCAGGACAAGAAGGACGACGAAAAGGCUGGAGUCAAGUCCAUGGCAGUCCGUCUGGGCGAUGGCAUUCGUCCUGCAUUGAGUGUAUUUGAUGCGAUAUUCUUUGCGUGUCUUCUGUGGGCUGGGUACUUGAAUGGCCAGCACCUACCGUUCUACGUGAUGAGUGUCAUUGCACCCUUCUUCCUCUGUCUGUGGCACAUAUGGUCAUUUGAUCAUAAUGAUCCCCAAGACAGCUCGAAGACAUUUACGGCAUGUCGCCACGGCGCAGCGUUGGUGUGUGCAGGAUUGGUCGUGGACCAUUACUGUAAUCUCGUGUCCCUGGCCAUUUGAGCAUGUACUUUCAUCUCAGGCUGGAUUCGAGGUGACGCCUUCAACCAUCUUGUCAAUGUACUUACCACAACCUUGCACUUGCCUGUUGUUAUCCUGGAGUGUCGCUCUUUUUAUCUAACCUACAAACUAAUGGAUGAAUCGACGUACUUACUACAGUCUUUCGCUUUCAAGUUCAUGUUUUUAUCCUGGAAUACUGUUUAUGUUUUUUUGAUAUACAAACUAAUACAUGAUUGAUGAUGUAGA